GUUUUUAUUCGUGAACAGUAAAAGAAAUCAAGAACAGGAAGUUUGAUUACAUCAUGUUUUACUCGGACUUUUCUUCGAGAACAUGAUGGAAACAGUUUUUGAGGUUUUCAUCAGCCCCAUGAUUCGUUUAGGAUCUCACAAUCUUUAUCUACAAACGAAAAAAGGUAUGUUUUUGCGUUCACGCUUGAACUUUCAGAGAAUGUAUACCCGUAGAUGUUAUCGCGAAGAUCAGUUCCUUAUUAGAGCCAAUCUAAUAUUCUGUGAAUGAGGCGGAAUGGCUGAGUCCCAAUCCUCUGUGCAUCGUACAGAACUGAACCGCUCAUUGCUACAUCCUGAGAGUCACUAACAGCGAUCUUACACCGAAGAUACUCACAACCACUAUAAAAAACAUCAACCUUUAAUGCAUUUCUCACUUCUGGCAUUUUUAUUUUGAGGUCUUGGUACAGUCUAUACGUUUAAUUGAGCCUAUACAUCAGAGAAGUACUCAUAUCUUGAAGAAAGUUUAGCGCGAAAUUUUUAACACAGACAUUUAAGAGAGGAAAGUUCACCACUGAGAGAGACCAGCAUAAGGGAGCAUUUCAAAAUGUAGGACGGUUGCUCAGCUGCUCUGCCGUUCUGCCGCAUUUAAAUUCUAAUUUGUUUUACUUUAAUUUCAGUUCCUUUGAUUGUAUUGUGGAUACAUACGUCGUAUAGAAAUAAGAUGCCGGUUAAUCUAAGAGUAAUGCUUGGUCACUAUAAAUACGAUGUAAAACGCAGUUAUUGGCGCCUUACUGAGAUCUUCGACUAUUGUACAUUAUUAUUAGUGCCACGAACAUACAUAAAAAAGACCAACGGCCUCGUUAUUCGAAAGAUGAUUUUGAAGCUGUUCUUAGAGAAAUUUGCAAUGGUAGUGAUAUCCGUGCUUGACAAAAAAUAGAUAAUAGCAGAACUACGACGAAAUUUUGAGGAGCUGACCAUAAUUACCCCAAGGCAAUCUAACCGCUAUGUGUUAAAAGAUUAUUCUUUUAUACACAUCUACUUUUCUUUUACAGUUAAAUCUACUCUGAUACUAUUUAGACUUUCCUGUAAGGGAAAAGUUUCUGUUUUUCUGUUUAAAAGAAUAAAAUGAGAAAAGAACAGAUAUUUUAUAUAUUCAAGGAGGAGAGUGCUCACUGUAAAAUUAUUUCCUAUUGUACCAACUUCGAACUAAAACUACAUUAAUUAGAGAAGGUCUAAUUCCAUUGUUCAUACUAGUUCAAAGUACUCCAUACUGAUGUUGUACACCAUACUGAUGUAUCUUUUAGAAAACGAUCUCUUUUAGGUUUUGGGAUAUUUGACGGUGAAUGUCACUGAUAAUCAUUUAGAAAAGUAAGUUUUUUGCAAUGAUAAGACAAAUGGGAAUAACGGCGUUAUUAACUUCGGCAUUAUUCAUGUUUGAAAGUUUGUAAAAGUAGUAUAAUAAAACGAGCUAAGGCAUGUAUCAAUACAUGAUGCUCUGUUGUAUAACAGUAAGACUAACUUUUUUGCUCACAUAUACGUCAUACUAGUCAUUGGAGGUCAUUGCAAAAACUUGCUUUUCUAAUUGAUAAUCAGGUAUAUUUCUUGCACAGACAUUUAAGCAGAGGAAAGUUCAACACUGAGAGAGACCAGCACAAGCAUUCGUGUACCAUAGUUUUGGAACAAAAGUACGAACUCAGACUCAACAUAGACUAAUCGAUGCUUUAAAAGAUUAUUCAACAAAUGAGAAAAGAUAUUAGUAUUGCAGUAAUUAUAAGAUUGGAUUACGCCAGUUUUAAUGAAAAUAUGAAAAAUUUUGUGGGAAUUUUAGAUUUUAGAAUAAGUAUCAACGUUCGGCUCGAGAAAAAUGGUGGCUUAUGCGACGUUCCAUGUGAAACUUUCCUUGUGAUUUACAGUCGACUCUCGCUAUUCCUGACAAGUUGUGCUUUCAGCCACAGAAAAGCUAAACACAACUCGAAGAGUUCUGUGUGUCACAUGUCUUUCUGGUUCUGUUUUAGAUGGGUACGAAAUAGCGUUCUAAAUAGGAUCCAGGAAAAUAAGAACCACUAGCAGAAUAAUUUUGUUCUUCAUCAGUUAUUUAUCUUCAGCAAAAAAUUGUUAAAACAUAAAAAGUUAAGAAACACUGUCGACAGAUACCCAGUUUCGUCGGAUUCACUGUUUCAGAUAGCCAUUGUCAUACAAUCUUAGUCCGAUGCCUUUUAUGGACGAUUCCUAAUUAGUUCAACAACAAUUGCACAUCAACUUAUUAUAACAUUAUUAAAAGACGUGACACGUUUUGGUAUGCAAUGGGGUUAUGGUACAAGCGUAUUUAAUAAAUUUAUACAAGAUCGUCCAAAAUAUGCAGCAAAAUCAUAUGACCAAAUUGCUAGAGCAUUUAAUCAAUUUGAUGGAGUUUUAUAUAGUGCAAGUUCACAGGAAGCCAAAGGUGAAGUACCAUAUGAAGCAAUACAAGCAUAUCCAAGUGUUAUGAUACGCGCAUGUUUCUUACAACGUACUUUACAUUAUUUACGUACAGAAUUAUAUCCAUAUGGUGAGCCAGCACAAAUAACCUCAGGCAGCUUGCCACAGAAUACAUUGUACUAUCAAAUCUAUGGUGAAUUAGAUACAGCAAGCGAAUAUACGAGUGAAAAUAAGAAUUAUAACGUGGAUCAGGAACGUAAAAGACAUGCUGAAAAUUGUGUCUUAGGACGCACUACACCAUAUAAGACAGAAGUAGUCCAUUGCUAUCGUGAUCCGGAGACCGGAAAGCCAGAUUUCUGUUUUCAAGCGUUAUUCUAUCAAACAUUUAGAUCACGAUCAAUGGCAGAACAAGCAGAACUUGGUUCAAAUGUUAUAACACUAUAUUUCUCUGUAACAGUUACUGGAAACUAUUUUAUACGAAUGUAUUUUGGCGCUGUCUAUAAAGAAUGUGAGCGGCAUGCUAAGGGGUUAAAGAGAAACUGCUGA